AUGUACCGGCACUUCUGGCAAGAUGGCUAUGACACCAACAAAUGUGACGCACUACUGACUCAUGGCCGAUGGCUCGACGCCCUUGAUCCAUAUCACUCAGUCACGGGAUAUCAAAAUUGGCAGCCUGCAGGUUGCAUGAUGCAUGAGUACAACGCCAGGGACGUGACUACAUGUCUAAACUCUCGAAGGGUCGUGUUCAUUGGCGACUCUGUCACAAGGCAGAUAUUUUGGGCUUUCGCCAGUAAGCUCAACGUCCGAGAAUCAGGAGACAAGCACUCGAGUAUCUCUGUGGAUGCACACGGCCUCAAGAUCGAAUUCGUCUGGGAUCCGUACCUUAACACAUCAAGUCUCUACCGAGAAAUUGCAGCGGCAUCGCGGUCUGGAUCCAGGGAUUCCCAGGUUGAUACAGCAGCAAUUCUCCUAAUGGGGGGAGGGUUGUGGAAUGCGCGAUAUCUUGACGAAGCUUCCUACCAGCGCUUCAAGAGUUCCAUUGGUGAAAUAACGCGUGUUCUGCAGAAUGUAAGAAGACCCAGAAUGCCAUUGGGCAAGUCUGGUCAAAGCUCUGAAGGCGUGGAUGACCUCGCUGUUAUUGCCCCAAUUCAGGUACCACAUUAUGAUGCGCUGUCCCCAGAGCGGGCCAGGACCAUCACGCCCGCUAGAGUCAAGCCCAUAUUCCAACAUUUGCAGCAUUUAUCGGUCCGACAAAAUAUUACAGUCGCAUGGAGUUUUGCCCACAUGACUUGGCACGAACCUUCGGCGUACAAUGAAGAUGGCUUGCAUAUCAACGGAGCUGUUGCUGGUGAAAUGGCUGACGUACUGCUUAACGCGAGAUGCAAUGCUGUACUACGCCAAUCCAAUGCCAAAGGAUAUCCAAUGGACAAGACUUGUUGCAACAGAUAUCAGAGGCCGAACUGGACCCAGUCCGUAAUUCUGAUCCUUUCUUUGGGCGUGCUGCCCGCAUUCAUCCUUAUCACGUUCAAAGACGCCAAAAGGUUCAAUUCCCUUCCUUCUCGCAAAGUCACACGGGCUAUCACGGUCCUAGCAUUAGCUAUCUGCUAUUGCUACUAUGCCGAUCGCACACAGCUGUUCAAUAAGGCUCAGAAACAGUACUCAUUCACAGAAUUCAUGUGGCUUUGCAUUGCCACCCUCGUACUGGGAGCUCUCUCUAUACGUCGAUCCGCGCCUGCACCACUGCACAAGAAUUCUGGCUGCUCAAUUCAGAAAGUACAAGAUCAGCCGUUUCUCUCAAGAUAUCAGACAGAUGAGUGGAAAGGGUGGAUGCAAUUCAUCAUCUUGAUUUACCACUACACAGGAGCAUCGAGAACAUUAUGGAUCUACGAAACCGUCAGGCUUCUAGUCGCUUCGUACAUCUUCAUGACAGGUUUCGGGCACACUGUCUUCUUCUACAAAAGAUCCAAUUACUCUUUUCGGCGCUCUGCUGCAGUCCUCAUCCGACUCAACAUGCUGAGCUGCCUUCUUCCGUACGUGAUGAAGACAGACUAUCUUUUCUAUUAUUUCGCCCCACUGAUCAGCUUCUGGUAUCUGGUAAUCUAUCUUACCAUGGCAGUGGGCCACUCAAGGAACCGUUCUCGUGCGUUUCUGAUAGCCAAGAUAACGAUCUCUGCGAUUUUGACAACAGCUUUGAUCAGAGUUCCCGGUAUAUUCGAAACUCUCUUUCGAGGCCUGGAGAAAAUUUUCAACAUACACUGGAAUGUCACGGAAUGGCGCUUUCGACUUCAACUCGACAGCUUCAUCGUAUAUACGGGCAUGCUUUGCGGCAUAUGUUUUGUGAAUCUAAUGGAUGCCGUGAACGUAGAAACGCCGGAAGACAGCGCCCUUGACCGCCUCGUUCGCCAAAGCUCCUGGCUUUUUCGCUUUGUAUGGCUAGCCAUGGCUGCCGUUACACCACCUAUUGUCUACCUUUUCGCUCGUCGUGCUUCUGACAAGUACGCAUACAAUGCGUGGGUGCCGUACAUCUCCACAGCACCUAUCCUCGCAUAUGUCAUUUUCCGCAACAUCAGCCGUUACACACGCAAUUUCCAUUCCUCGACAUUCGCGUGGAUGGGUCGGCACUCCCUCGAGACUUUCACCCUGCAAUUCCACAUUUGGCUGGCGGCAGACACCAAGGGGCUCUUGGCCCUGGGAGUUUUCGAAGGGAUCGUAGGAGGUGGAAGGGGCGGGAGGAGGGUAGAUUUGGCGGUCCUAACGACUAUCUUCCUCUGGGUAUGCUGGCACGUCGCGGCUGCCACCCAAACUCUGACCAAUUGGAUCAUUGAUCCAAGUGAUGGAAUGCAACAUGUAGAGCUAGAAGAUGGUGUCACUGGCGUGGAAGAGGGAUUGCCAAUAAUGAAGAGUAAAGAGGAUGCGCGAGGUGUCUUUCAGACUGGCCGCGCUGCAGAUGGUGUUGGGAUUGGGGUGAUAAGGUCAGCACGCAAAAUCAAGAGGCAUGUCGCUGAAAGCCUAGGGGUAAGGAUUGGGAUCAUUCUGGGAGUCAUGUGGCUGCUCAAUAUGGUGGGUACAGAAAUCAUGAGGCCCCCGUCCUGA